AGAAUCAUAGGCAAUUUGCUGAUCGUGAUUAGAACUUCCAACAGUAUAACUGAAAAUUUGUUAUUUCUUCAAUAUACUUCAAUUUUAUUGAAGUAUUUUAAUCUUUAAAUAUUAAAAUUCCAAAAGAUUUGUAAAAACUCAUAUUAGUAAUUAUAUAUAUAUAUAUACUAUAUUACGGUUGAAAAAACUUUGAUGUACAUAUAAAAAAAAAAAUGUUAGCAAAAUGGAGUUUAUGUAUUAUAGAUUUAUCCAUAUUGAAAUGAAAAUUUAAAUAAUGUUUAGUAGUAAUGUUAUAUUUUAUUAUCAAGUCUUAAUUACUACAAACUAGUAUUCGAAAAUGGUUAGAAUUCAGUGGUCUUUGAGACAAGCACCAAGGCAUAUUAGGCUCAGUAUUAAGAAAAAAUGGUGUCGUUUACAAAUCACAUGUAAAUCUUUAUUUUAUAAUGACUUUUUGGAUUGGAGCUAUAUGUGUGAUAUACUUAUGGAACCAAUAUUUUGGUUCGUAGAAAAUUUUACUGCCCUUUUAGGACCAGUAUGUGUAGUAAUGGUAGCUUUAUUAAAAGUAUGCAUCGUUUGUAUCGCAUAUUGGAUUGGCUUACCUUACUGGUGGGAAAAGAGUCCAUUUAUGACAAUAUUUUUAUUACUAAUUGGAAAUUGGCUUCUUAUAAACGUAUGUUUCCAUUACUACAUGGGUGUAAAUGUAGCAGCAGGUUACCCACCACAAGGUGGUCUUAUUCCAGAGGCUGUGAGCAUUUGUAAAAAAUGCAUUAAACCAAAACCUCCUAGAACGCAUCAUUGUUCUAUUUGUAACAAGUGUGUGCUUAAAAUGGAUCAUCAUUGUCCAUGGCUAAAUAACUGUGUUGGUCACUACAAUCACAGACAUUUUUUUCAAUAUAUGGCUUUUACUGUUGUGGGAAUUUUAUUCAUUAUGAUCUUUGGAAUAGAAAUAGCAUAUCAAGAGUUUUUUCCAGCACACGAAGCUGAGCUAGACGGUCAUCCAGUUCGCAUUAACAAUUCUGAGAUUAUUCCUGUGGCAGAAUCAUUAGAUCAUUUAUCUAAAGAAGAAAUAGCUGAAAUUGCAAAACAAGCUGCUGAAAACAAAGAAAAAGAAUGGAGACGCAGACUUAUAGUUUUUGCAGCAUUAAUUUGUGUAGCUACAUUUACAGCACUUGGGGCACUGACUUGGUGGCAUGCAGGUCUUAUUACAAGAGGAGAAACUAGUAUUGAAGCACGCAUUAAUAGUACUGAAACAGAAAAAUAUAAAGCACUUGGAAAAUCAUAUCAAAAUCCUUAUAAUUUUGGACCAAGGGAAAACUGGAAAUUGUUUUUAGGCAUAGUUGAUAGAAGUUGGUGGUAUGUUCUUUUUCCUUCAACUCAUGACCCAUAUGGAAAUGGUCUUACUUGGAGAACAAUCCACGACAUUAAAAUAUCUUGAGUUUGAAACUGAAACGAUUAUAAGAGAAAGUUACAAUUAUCUUUUAAAUAUUUCUCCUGUGUGUAUCAUACGAUUCUUAUUCUUAUGACAUUCUAGUCAAAUUGAUAUGCAUGAUUAUAGAGCAAAUUAAUAUUAUGCAUUUAAAUAUACAAAAUAUUCAACAGCUGUUAUACAAUCAACAUCUUUUUUUUUAUAUAUACUUCCUAAACUAGUACUUCGUAAUUAUAUUUAAUUUUACAAUAAAAACAUGCUCUUCUCCAAUAUAAAAGAAUAAUACUAUUAAGAAAAUAAUAGACAAAGAUAAUGUAAUUCAUCUACAAUUUAAUAGUUAUUUGAAUAAAUUAAAUUUUUUACCUUU